ACGCUCGGAUCAAGUGGUUGCUAUCGCAAGGAGUGAAGGGAGGUUAGCAUCAACAAUGGCGUAGACGCAGUCAGCGAAUGGUGAUGACGUUUCCAGCUUUGCCCAAACUCCCGCUAUCCCAUGUGCUACUCUGAACCUUGCCCAAUAGCGCUAACCACCACCACGAUAAUUGAAUUUUACGAGUAUCGAUCCCUUCGCGCCAUUUCAGCGAGGUCGUCUGCUCGCGAGAGUCGCCAUCACAUCUGCUUCGUGACAGCAUUUCAUCACAGAGUGACCGACUCUAGGAGCGAGGAGUUGUGCAAAGAGAGUUCCAUUCAUCCAUUCCUGAGCGAGGCGGGAAUACAUUAAUAUAUCCAGCAAAAUGUCGGUGUCUACAAGAAAGUCUAAAAAGUCAUCAAAGGAGAGCAUACUGCAGAAGUACUCGGAGUCCCAGAUACGAGAGUUGAGAGAGGCCUUCCGACUUUUCGACAAGGAUGGUGACGGGUCUAUCUCCACGGAUGAGUUGGGCACCGUCAUGAGAAACCUCGGACAGUUCCCGUCAGGGGAUGAACUCAAGGACAUGAUCACGGAGAUUGACAUCGAUGGCGAUGGCACGUUCACGUUCGAGGAGUUUGUGCAGGUGAUGGCGAACAUGGGCGGCAUCAGCAGCGAGCAGUCGGAGGAGGAUGAGGAAGAGGAACUCCGGCAAGCCUUCACUGUAUUUGACAAGUCUGGUUGUGGGUACAUCACAGCGUCUGACCUGAGAGCAGUGCUACAGUGUAUGGGCGAGGAUCUCACAGAGGAAGAGAUUGACGAGAUGAUUGCAGAGGUCGAUAUCGAUGGUGAUGGAAGGAUCGAUUUUGAAGAAUUUAUCGCCUGUAUGAAGGAAGAAAAGGAUGAAGAAAGUAAGAGCGAGGAUGACGAUACUGGGAGCCAGAUUUCUCUCGACAACCCAAUGUAGAGCCUGAGCACAGAGACUGGGCUUGUCCAACGCUGGUGGUCAAGUGACGUGCUCGCUGCCCGUAAGCUCUUUGCAGCGAGAGCCCAUUAACAGAUCUCUGUACAAAUGUGUCACGCGCUGGUUUGGAGUUUACGUGGUCCGUUUUCGAAGGGAGAGCACCGCAGCUUCCAUUGAGAGUUGAAACGUCAAUAGGAAUCUGGGACUCAUUUCAAAUAAUUAAUAAUAAAUAUAUUUUGUAUUGGGUCUGAUUGUUGAUAUACAGUAUCACUGCUGGUAGUGUUUAUCAUCACAAUUUGUGGCAGACUUUAUAGCACGUUUUCUUUCAGAUAUUUAUCUUAGUUACAAACACCCCUCUCUCCAUUCAAAGACAUGUCAACAUGCACAUAUGGUUCCUGGUUAAAUCACUGACAAUCUUUCCUGGCUAAUGCCUUGCUGAAUUGUUUGGGUACGUUGAAAGAUGGUUACCCAGUAGGCUAAUUUUACGGUGUGAUAAACGUUUGAAAUAUUUAUUCUGCAAAUGAGUUGUAAUCUCUUUUGGGCAAAGAGAAUAUUUUCCGUUUACUUUUUAUGCUUUAACCGGCGAUGAUGUAAUGUACCCGUUUCAUGUUCAUGACAAGCGAUAUGACAAUAAACACAAAUAAAUUGCGUCAAUUACAUUGUUUGAUGAGAGACCGACACGCACAAAUAUUUCACAGCCUUCGGAAACAUGUACAUGAACAUAUUUAGGACGUAAUGUCACUGAGACCAAGGAUAGUUUAUUACAUGGCAAACCACUCAAUAAAAUCAUUAUAUAUUAUAUCAAUUAUCAAUUUGUACAUUGUUUUGUUGAUUAUCGACACGUAUUUGUAUGUAUAUAUUGCAAUUUGUUUGUGUUUGGUACUAUUAAAAUGUAUAUUUUCGCUUUACAUUUUUUCAACUAUUUCACUUUUUCAAACUGCCUGUUAUUCCCACUGAUACACAGAGGUUCUUUGGUGUGCUUGUCAAUAAAACUAUUCUUAAAUUACUGAAUAAACACGUUCCGACGGAAAA